CAGCCACUUGCUACAAUUGAUCAUCAUGAAGUAGAACUAGUAGAAAAGUCACUUGCUAUAAUUGAUCACAAAGAUAAAGUAGAAGAAUGCAUAGCUGAUCCUGCAUUAAUUUCUGUAGACCACACCAAUGUGCUAUCUGAUAACGAUUUAGGACAUUUUAUAGAAACUUAUUCACAAAUUUCUGAAGAUAAAAAGUUUGACCUUUUAACUAAUCCAUGGAAGCCUAGUAAACAUUAUAAUUUUAAAAAUGAUGUUGAAGACAGUAAACGUCCAUUUUUGUAUAAAUGGUCUUCACAAUACCCAUGGUUAGUAUAUUCAAAGUUAUUGAAAGGAGCUCUUUGCCUUACUUGUGUUCUCUUUCGGGCUCAUGUGACACACGGUUCAUACUUUGGAUCUUUUAUUACCAGCUCAUUUGUAAAUCAUAAAAAAUUUGUAGAAAAAGCUAAUCAAUAUGAGAAAAAUAAAUGGCAUAUUGAAUCUUUCAUACGAUCCAAAGAUUUUAAAGAUAUGAAAAAAACAAACUGUGGUAUUGACCAAGUGUUAGAUUCUUGUUAUAAAAAUAAAAUUGAAAAAAAUAGAAAUAAAUUAAAGCCAAUAAUUUCUUCACUUCUAUUUUGUGCAAUACAUAAUUUACCGAUUCGAGGAGACACAGACAACACUGCAGUAUUUAAUGACUUAUUAAAAUUCAGGGUUGAUGCUGGUAAUUUGACUUUAAAAACUCAUUUAGAAAAAUCCAAUAAAAAUGCAUUGUACAUAUCACACCGUGUGCAAAAUGAAUUAUUAGAAUGUUUAUCUUCUAGUUUAAGAUCUGUGAUUACUAAUGAAGCUAUGCAAGCAUUUUGUUUUUCAUUAAUUGUUGAUGAAACGGCUGACAUCAAUGGUACUGAGCAGUUAUCAAUUUGUGUAAGGUAUCUGUAUAAUAAAAAUUUACAUGAAGAAUUUUUAGGUUUUUUCCCCUUACAAGAGUUUGAUGCCUCAUUUAUUACUCAAACAAUAUUAGAAGCAUGUACUAACCUAAAUAUUGAUAUGAAUAAAUGUGUUGGACAGGGGUAUGACGGAUGUUCUACGAUGGCUGGCCAUAUAUCUGGAGUGCAAAAAAGAAUUAAUAAUGUGUACCCCAUGGCUAAUUUUUUCCAUUGUGCUAGUCAUCGUUUGAAUUUGGUAAUAAAUGAUUUGAAUUCUCUUGCCAAAGUUAGAAAUUGUGUAGGGAAAAUAAAAGAAGUUACUACAUUAGUUAGAGAUAGUGCACUUCGUAGAAAUAUUGUAGGAAAUAAUUUGCCAAAAUUAUGCGAAACAAGGUUUGUUGAAAAACAUAAAUGUAUCAGAAAAUUUAAGGACCAAUAUGUUACAAUUGUUGAAGGCUUGGAAGAAAUAUCAAAAUCGAAUAAUUUUAACAGCAAAACUAGACAGCGUUGCUAUGAAAUGCUUACUGCAAUCACUACUCCAACAUUUGUUAUAAUAUUAUCAAUCAUGGCAAAAUAUUCUGCAAAAUUUGAAACUGUAUCAACAGUUCUUCAAGGGAUAGAUGUUGACCUGCAAGAAGCUACAAAACAUAUUCAAGACCUAUUAUCAAUGUUAGAAAUAGACCGUAAUAAUUGUGAGAAUAUAUUUAAUUCAAUAUUUAAUGAAGUAAAAUUAGUUGCUUCUAAAAUAGAUCUUAAGUUAAAGUUACCACGGCGUAGUGUUAAACAAGUACAUCGUGAAAACUAUCCAACUAACGAUAUGGAGGUAUAUUUUAGACAAUCUUUAUUUAUACCAUACUUGGAAUCAGUUAUAAUGUCUCUCAAAGAUAGAUUUUCAGAUGAAAAAUUAAAAAUAUUUACAUUAUACAACCUACACCCCAAAAAAAUGAAAUUAAUGAGCGACCAACAAUUUGCAGAAAGUGUUGAAUUUAUUUGUACACUUUAUGAUUCACUUCUAGACAAUUUUAAAGAGCGCUGUCAUGAUAUGAUCUAUGGAAAAAGAAAGAAGUCGAACCCACCAUGA